GUGGCUGAUUUCCGAGAGCAGCUGCUGUCUUGUGCUGGUGUGGACCCUGCACGUGUUGUGGAGUUCUCUUGUGGACAUGUGAUUCCUCCAGAAAACAUUUUACCCCUAAUCCUCUGUAGUGGUCCUUCCAACCAGCAGCUGGAGUUCACCUACCAGACAAGAGACCUGCCCCAGAUGAUGGAUGAGAUGGGUCGAAUCCUUUGCAACCUGUGCAAUGUGGUCCCAGGGGGUGUGGUGUGCUUCUUCCCCUCCUACGAAUAUGAGAAGCAGAUGUAUGCACACUGGGAGAAGACAGGGCUGCUCACCCGCCUGGCAACUAAGAAGAAGAUCUUUCAGGAGCCGAAGAAAGCCAACCAGGUGGAGCAGGUGCUGGUGGAAUAUGCCAAGUGCAUAAAGCGCUGCAGCCAGGCAGGAGGACAGAUGACGGGGGCCCUGCUGCUUUCUGUAGUUGGAGGCAAAAUGAGCGAAGGGAUCAACUUCUCUGAUGACCUGGGAAGGUGUGUGAUUAUGGUGGGAAUGCCUUACCCCAACAUUAAAUCUCCAGAGCUCCAGGAAAAAAUGGCUUGGCUUGAUAAAACAAUGCCCAGAGCUGCUGGCCAGGCACCUAGCAGAGUGCUGAUUGAAAACCUGUGCAUGAAGGCAGUAAACCAGUCGAUAGGCAGAGCCAUUCGCCAUCAGAAGGACUUUGCAAGCAUCCUGCUCCUGGACCACAGGUACGCACGCCCUGCCAUCUUUAACAAACUGCCGCAGUGGAUCAGGGAGAGAACCCAGGUGAAACCUGCCUUUGGAUCAGCGUUUGCAGAGUUAAGAAAGUUCCAUCGAGGGAAGUCGGAUGCUUUGUGAUGCAGACCAGAGAA